CAAAUCACGUGAGUCAGUCUAAUCAUGCUAGGACACUUCAAUCAUGAAAGAAUCAAGGCGGCUCUUGAUCAGACAAGGCACGUAGGCGGACUGAACGACGACAAAACUACAAGAAGGAAUCUGCAGUGCAGAAGCAGUGAGGAAAACAUUCAUGAUAAUGAUGAUGAUGAUGGAGAUGGAAAUAGUGGUAGCUUGUGGGAUGAAUUAUAUCAUGUUUACUGGAAGAAAAAUGCUGCAGUGGUGGAUGGUUCCAAGAGAUGGAAAGGGAAUGGAAACCUUGUGGAGCCACUUGUUGCAUCUGGUCAUUUCAAAGUGUCGUUCACCAUCAACUUGCUUCCCGAUGCAGAAGGAUACACAAUAACACUAGCAGCAAAGAAUGGAUCAGGCGCUGCCUCAACCAGCAUUCCAUAUCAGGACACUGAACUGCUAGAAUAUCUGGACAGUCAACAGAUUCCUCCUAUGCUCCUCGACAUUCUCUGUGACAACGACUCUUGUUUCUUGUACUGCGGAUGCCUCAUUGCUGAAGUCCGUGAUUAUCGAUGCUACCACAUUAAUAUGUUUGCAUACAAUAGACAUUUGGUGCUUUUGAAACCCACAAAUCAGACAUUGGCAAUGGCUGUUGAUGAAAUGGCAAGGGAAAGCAAUCUCUCACAGGAGGAGAAACUGAGCUUGGAGUCAAAGCUGCUGCUGGCAACUGAGAGACCAUUGUGUUUGGACCCAUCUCCUGAUGUAUUAGCUGUAACCAGUCACAUUUACUGUGAGCAAGACAUUUACAAUAGCCACGUUAUGCGAAAAGCAAUCAAACAUCAGUCUCCUGCAGCAGCCUCAAGACUUGCAGCAAGGAGGCUUGAGCCGGUUCCUCCUAAAUUUGCUGUCCAUGAUUUUAUUUUGAGCUCACAACACCAGAAGAUUAACAAUCCAGCAGCAUUAAUGCUGAAAAGCAAGCAUACAACUGACAUGUGGAAGAGACGGCCGUUGCAGCUUAGUACACCUUCAUCUCGUGAUGUCGUUCAGCUAGCGAAGAGUCUCGAACUGGAUGGUCGCGAGAAUGAGUUUGCUCUUGAGUUGCUACAGAGUAUCGAAAUCAAGCUGGAUACAACGAGUGGCAGAGAAGGCCCCGAUUGUUGUAAAUUGAACGUUUACAGAUGCCCGUCUGAUGGCGAGUAUAGCAUUGUUGUUACGUAUGGUCAACAUGGUGUAUACCAUGAGACUCAGUCAACAAGACACCAGUUGGGACAGAGAGCGGAAGCACAGAAGUAUUUGAAUCGAUUUUUGGAUUCUUAUGCUCGCACUGCUCCUCUAAAAUCAGUUCUAAAUCGUGUGGAGGGCAAGUUGUCAUCAAACAAAUCAAAUAGUGAACUGUCCCCAUUUGUCAAGAGAAGCAGUGCAGAAUUGGCACUCUGCAUUUCGAAUCCAAACAAGACUUUGUUUCCUGAGCCCGACUCUCAACUUCGUCAGAUGCCUGAUUGUUCACUGUCUUCUGUACCCUCACAGCUGUCGAUUCCAAGCGUUUCGUUUAUCGCUCCGGACACAUUCGUACCAACUUCGAAGGCAGUAGUAACUCCUCGUCCUGCUCCAGCUAAAGUGAGUCGCAGACAUUCUGUCUCAACUCCACUUACGAGGAAAGCAAGCACAUCAAGUAAAGAAACGCUGCAUCCUAAAUCUCCUGCUAGUUCUGUAGCUAGUCCCAUGAAGACUGCAGCUAGUGUGAAGUUUACUGCUCCACUGACAAGAUCAGGAGGUGUGAGAAGGGGGAAUGCAGUUGCAGUGAGGAAUAGGAGGUCAAGUCUUCCUGUCAGUUCAGCAGACGUGCAGCAGACGUCAACUUCAACUGAGCAGUGGGGUGUAGGAGGUACUGGUCAAGUAGCUGGUCAAAUGAAUAUACAAUCUUCUAAUUCUGUUACCAAGACAGCCAACGAGUCGCCUCUUAGCAGUGCUGCACAGGGCUCGGUUACUGCAGCAAUGGUUACGUCAAGAUUGCCAUCUGGAUCUCAGGUGUCAGUUCCUACAAGCCCCAUGAGUCAGAUGGGAUCUCACCAGGUCAUAUCUACUAUGGGCUUGCAGACUGUCGGACGACUUACUGGCGGCAAAUUUACAACGGUUGUAUUGCCAUCGAGAUCUGUCAAUUCUGGAGUUUCGUUGCCUCAAGCUCAAAUUACUGUAGCUACUCAAAAAGUUGGCACUGCUGUCUCAGCAGUCUCGUCUGCUAGAGGUCAUGUAAAGAGUUUAUCCAGUCCAUCUCAGAUUGCUUCUAUACAGCAAAGUCCGUAUCACAUUAGAGGUCAAGCACUAGCAAAGAGUAAUUCACUGACAUGCACCAUACAGCAGUUGGGAAGAAGCGCGGUUGGUCUUACGACAAUGGCCAUAGCACAACAUGGUUCGGAGCUUCAGCUAGUGCAAGGUCAACAUUGUCAACCAAUUGCCUUGCCAGCUUCUGCUAAGCAAGUGUUGGGACAGCAGAGACCAUUAGGACAACCAAUACUAGUCCAUGCUCCUGGGUCUUAUCAUUCUCAAGGUGCCAUGCCUGUACAGACGGUUCAGUUCUUGUCACAACAGCUGCCGGUCUCUCGGCCUAAAGGAGGAGGAUCCAAAUCAUCUGUUAGCAGCGGAGCCACUGGUGCUCAAAAGUUGACGCCGACUGCUGUCAGUCAUCCUGCUGCUGUUCGUCUGGUGUUCACACCGGGACAGACUGUUUCACAUAUGCCUGGCAAACAGGUUUUCCUUCAAUUGCCGCCGACGUUUGGACUGACACAACCAAUGCAGACUCUUCAGCAGCAGCCUGCUCAACACGUAGCUCCACAGGCUAUGCAGUCGAUGGCUUUGCCAGCGUCGAAUGUAGUUGUUCCACUGCAAAUAUCUGCAUCUAGUACUAGCACAGCGCCUGCAACUGCCAACACUGGGAAGACUCCCUAGCACACGGGUAUUGACAACGAGCUGUAGAUUGAGGUCGGCAACUCGUGUUUUACAAUCUUUGCUUUUACCAUACGUAGACUACCAACUGUCUGUAGUAGAAGUAGGAAAUGCAAACAGGCAUGUGAUAGUUUACCAUACUUGAUUGCUAGUAACUAGUUAAGCUAAUUUAUUAACAAGUAUUUUAAUUAAAUUGACAGCUG